AGAAAGUUUUUUGGGAAUCUGUAUCAUAUCCAGCGAGCAGAAAACGAAGACUUGACGGAAGUCGACGACAAUGGAGAUAAAAGUUUCUAUCGUAAUAUUGCUUUUAUUGAUUUUAACCUCAGAUGGAACGGGUUUCGGCAGAAAACGAUCCGCCAAGUGUCAAAGAGACAACGAGCAGACUUUAAGUAGAAACGAGCAGAAUUCAACAUCCGAUUAUUAUUAUUACUGUGACCCAACAGAGUUUGGAGUAGUACAAAAGAUUCCGUAUUUGCGUUCUUGUUCACCAUGCGACAUGAUAGAAAUCGAUUUCUCUUCUGCUUGUAUCAGAUGCGGGAUGUGCCUUGCCAUUGCUGAAAAGAUAAAUCAGACAUUGCUGGACGUUCACGAAGCGUUGCCUAACGCGUGUUUAAAUGACACUGAGAUCGAAGUUCUGUUGAGGACCAUAUGUGAUUAUUCUUUUCAGUUCUAUGGCCUUCGCGAAUUAGAUGGAAAAAGAUACAUUUCUGAUAAAUUACCUGGUUCUAUCAUGGUAUCUACGUCCGCCGAUGGACUUUGGAGAGAGAAGUCUGUAUACAAAGAUACUUCAUUCAUGUCACAAUUAUGCAUGUCGUGCGUGUAUUCUGUUAUCUUACGACGGAUUUUAUUUAGAUUCAGAGAUCUUUGCCAUUAUUAUCUCGAUGAAAUCGGAGAAGUCUCAUUGUACGAACAAUGGCAGCGAUGUAACAACGAUGGAAAACUUCAUGACUUGUCGAACAUUAUGUGUCGAAACGUGCACGGUAUAUUGCGAGAUUGUAAGAGCAUGCAGAAUACGGAGAAAUACGAAUCCCCGUUUAAGACUUAUUACGCAAAAGUAAAAAUCACCGCAACUUACGAUAAAUACGGCAAACGUGAUUAAGAGUAAUAUGUCUACAACUUUUUAUUCUGCACUGCAAAUAAAUAUAAUAUAUUUAUAAUUAUGCCACUAAGAGAUCUUUACAUCGUAACUCAUCAUAGCUAUAUUUGUAAUAUUUAUUUAUUCAAAUAAAUAUGAGUUUUAAAUAUGAGUUUAAUCAAUGCAUAAUUCAUUUUUUUGAUCUUAAACAUAAACUUCAAAAACGCACGGUAUGUUACA